AUGAACAGCAGCGAUGAUUUGAGGGCGGGUGGUUCGGCUUUGAACAAACGACAACGGUUGCUGAACAUUAUGAGGACCACGCGGGACGUGUACGUGCCCACGUUCACAACUACAUUCUCGCAGCUGAAAUCUGAGGCUAGCAGCACGAUUAGAAGCUACUACGAUGGGUCUGGUGGCACUGCCGCUCCCACAGGCCUCCCCGUGUGGCCCUCGGACAUGCGAACAAUAGUGUACCCUUCGUAUACGCGCGUGGUGGACCAGGGCCGUUUCGAAACGCACAUCAGGGGUCUGGUCUAUACACCGGGAACAAUGAACCGCAAAUCGCGGCUGAUUCUUUCUUUGUGUCGCCAGUUGAUCCGGCCUACGUCUCCAGAGACCAAAGCCAACAUAGAAGAGCAACUAGAGAUGCCCUCGAACGACUCGCAGUCGACUUUCGAGUCUGCCUCGACACAUUCUUCGUUGGCGCUGGAUUCCAGUCAGGAAGAUACUCUGCGGUCCAGAAUAGCAGGGUUUCUUCAAAAACACAUUAUGGGCGUCACAAUGGCAAUCGACGUGUCUGACGGCCACGUCGAGCACGAAUACACCAACGUUGCAACCGACAAUUGGGGCAAUUACGACAUCAAAAUCCUCACUUCUUUCCAACCGCAGAACAUCAGCGUGAAAAUCGAUGUUCCGGAUGGAAUGUCCGCAAGCUGUCCCAUCAAUAUAGUUCAUGAGCAUGGAUUCGCGUUGAUAAGUGACGUAGACGACACUAUUAAGCACACGGGGGUCACAGGGGACAAGAGGUCUCUAUUUACCAAUGUGUUCGUGCACGAUUUCAAAACCUGGGCUGUCCCAGGAAUGUCCCUGUGGUACAACACGCUUAAGGAUUCUGAGAAUGUCAAUUUCUUCUACGUUUCCAAUUCUCCCUUCCAGCUAUACCCGCUGCUGGAUGACUACCUUUCUCAGCAUUUCCCUCACGGACCUCUUUUCCUCAAGCAAUAUUCUGGCAAUUUAGUAUCCAGUUUGAUGUCGUCUAGCGCAAAACGCAAACUGGGGUCGAUAUUUAGCAUAUUGAGAGACUUCCCGCAUAAACGAUUCAUCUUGGUUGGGGAUUCUGGUGAGCGAGACUUAGAGGCAUACACAGAGGCUGUAAAGCAGUUUCCGACACAGAUUGCAGCUAUUUAUAUCAGAUGUUGCAAGGACUCCAUGAGUGAUUCGGCGGUCAAUGCACCUAAGGUGGUCAACGAACUGAAUUAUAUGAUCGAGAAAAAAUACUAUAGAAGACAGGGCUCCUGUUUCGAUGGCGACAAUGCCAUUGCAUCGAGUCGCAAGAUUCCUCAGCCUACUUCAGAUGCUUCUAACCUAUUCAAUUACGAAUCAAAACCCAAGCCUAGCAAACCGCAUCAAAAACCAUCUUUAACUAGUGAUCAGCAGAAGGAGAUCAACAAAUCGAAAAAGUUUGCGCCUACUUUGCCGCCUAGAAAGCAUGCCACUUUCCCUAUAGAUGGGAGUGACGUUUUGAGCUUUGACCGCAGCUACACUGAUGACGCUAUUUACUGUACGCCGUCCUCUCAAAACGAUUAUGGCACAUAUUCCACUUUCUUCGACUCUAAAGCAGACUCUUGGCGCCAGAGGGUGAUGGACACGAUUUUAGAGUUGAAUAAUUGUGGAGUCAACAUUAGAUUCCAACUUUUCACCCAGCCUGAGCUGUGUUUGGAAGAUAGCAUAGAGAUCAUCAGAAAAGAGAAAAAGGAAGGCGGGGCGCAGAGUACGACGCACUUUUAUAAAAGAUAA